AUGUCUGACAAGGUUAUGAUCGGAAAACACCAAAACGACACCGCCGAGAAUCACCGGAAACCAUUACCGUUCUUGCCGGACGAACUCAUCUUUCAAAUCCUCUUGCUGCUUCCAGUGAGAAUCCUUCUACAACUGAAGUGCGUGAGUAAAUCAUGGAACACCCUAAUUUCCAACCCCAAAUUCGCAAAAUCUCACCUUCAAAGCAUAACCAUGAAUCCAACCAUAACUGUUCAACGAUUUUUCUCUUCUUAUAUUACUGGUAGUUGUAGUUCAAAAAAACUCGUAUCUUUUCCUGUUAAAAAAUUGCUCGAAAAUCCACCAGAAUAUACUAAACCUGUUGAAUUCAGCAUAGGAUACAGGUUCGCUAUUUUUGGUUCAUGCAAUGGGUUGUUGUGUCUGUUUGAUAUAUUUGAAGAUUAUGUUAAAUUGUGGAACCCUUCUAUUAGUUUAGAAUCCGAAAAAUCUCCAGCACUUGAUUCUUUUCUUAAACAUAGGUGGAUCUCAUAUCAUGGAUUUGGCUAUGAUCGUGUUAAUGAUAAGUAUAAGGCGCUAGUAGUUUUGUCUGGUAAGGGUACUUAUUCUAGUGAGAAAAAUGUCACAAAAAUUUAUACUUUUGGUGGAAAUUCUUGGAAAACUAUUCAGAAUUUCCCUUGUACUGGGUUUGGUAAUGCCUAUGUGCAAGCUUGCAAUGGAAAAUUUGUGAGUGGCAAUUUAAAUUGGAUAAUUAAAAAAGAUGUUAGUUUUAAAACUGUGAUUGUUUCUUUUGAUCUUGAGAAGGAGACUUAUAAUGAAGUUUUAUUGCCCGAACAUAUGUUAGUUUCUGUUUGCCUUCCUAGGCUUGGUGUUUUGAGUAAUUGUCUUUGUGUGUGUUUCAACUUCAAAACUCAUUUGGAUUUUUGGUUGAUGAAAAAAUAUGGAGUUGUUGAGUCGUGGACUAGAUUGAUGAGGAUCCCUUGUGCGCAAAUACGUCGUUGUGUAUACCCUUUUGAUAAUGUUGAACCCUUGUUCAUUUUUGAAAAUGGUAUUAUUUUGUUGGGAGCGGAUACCGAAUUUCUCCUGUAUAACUUAAAUAAUGGUAACUUGGAUUGUCCCUUGAUUUGUUAUAGUACUGUGUUUAGUGGACAUAUUUACCAUGAGAGUCUUGUAUCACCACAAUUGUAA